UUAAAGGAAUCACCCUUUAAACUUACAAAUGUUACAUAAACAUCUCUUCCUUGACUUGAGAGUUUAAGACAAUAGAUUGAUCAGAUUCUCCCCUCUCCUUUCCCAUCUUUAAGUCUCUGCCUAUAAAUAUACCAAUUCAAACCAAACCAAUGCCUUCAUCAUAAGGAUAACGACAAUAUCAUCAUCAAAAUUUUCCCUCCUUAACCUCCAUCUCCAUCAAGGGUAAAAGAAACAUAAACUAUAUAUAACGUCAUGUUGCACUUACUACACGGGAAGCUCGAUGUGACUAUAUAUGAGGUCGAUACACUACAAACUCUUGCCGGAUGCAAUUUCGAUCUCUGCAACAAGGGAACAUGCACAAGCAUGGGGAAGAAAAUUCUGUCACAAGUCAAGAGUUGUUUUCUGUGUCAAUGGCAAUGCAAGCCAGAGAUUAUUGGGAUGGGUCUAUAUGCAACAGUUGAUUUAGACAAAGCAAGAGUUGGAAGAACUAGAAUGAUAGGUAGCCCCAAAUGGAACGAAACCUUUCACAUUUACUCUGCACAUUCAAUCUCCAACAUUAUAUUCACUGUCAAACAAGAUAACCCCAUUGGAGCAACUCUAAUUGGAAGAGCUUAUGUUCCAGUUGAACAAGUCAUAAAGGGCAACAUAGUGAAUACAUGGGUUAAUAUAUUAGAUGUAGAUCAUCAUCCAAUACAAGGCGGUUCCAAAAUUCAUGUUCAAAUACAAUUCUCACAUGUUAAAAAUGAUCCAAACUGGUCACAAGGACUAAAGAGUCCAGGAUAUCAAGGAGUUCCUCGCACAUUCUUUAAACAAAAUAAUGGUUGCCAAAUUACUCUUUACCAAGAUGCACAUUUUCUAGAUGGUUCUGUUCCGUAUAUUCCAUUGGAUGGAGCAGAACGGUAUGUGCCGGGAAAAUGUUGGGAAGAUACUUGCAAUGCAAUUAAUGAUGCUAAGCAUUUUAUUUGCAUAACUGGUUGGUCUGUUUACACGGAAAUAACCUUGAUUAGAGAUCCAAACGAGUCAACAAGAGCAACCAUCACUCUUGGGGAGCUUCUUAAGAAGAAAGCCAAUGAAGGUGUUAAUGUUCUUAUGCUUGUUUGGGAUGACAGAACUUCUGUUCCUGACUUUAAGAAAGAUGGCUUGAUGGCAACUCAUGAUCAAGAAACAGCAGAGUAUUUUAGAAACACAAAUGUCCAUUGUGUUUUGUGCCCGCGUAACCCUGGUGAUGGAAGAAGUAUAGUUCAAGGUUUUGAAAUUUCAACUAUGUUCACUCAUCACCAGAAGACUAUAAUUGUUGACAGCAAAGUCGCUAGUUCUGCACAAUGGGAGAAGAGAACAAUCACAAGUUUUGUUGGUGGUAUUGAUCUUUGUGAUGGGAGAUAUGAUACCAUGGAACAUCCUUUGUUUUCAACUCUGAAUACAAUUCAUCAUGAUGAUUUUCAUCAACCAAAUUUCCCAGGUGCUUCUAUUAAUAAAGGUGGUCCUAGAGAGCCAUGGCAUGAUAUUCAUUGUAAACUAGAAGGACCUGUUGCUUGGGAUGUGUUGUGCAAUUUUGAGCAAAGAUGGGAAAAGCAAGUUGGAAAACAAUUAAUUCCACUACCUUCGAGCAUGUUUCGUGAAUAUGAUAUUGCUCGUGUAUCGAAUGUUGCCACGGCAAAUCAAAACAAUACAUGGAAUGUUCAGUUGUUUAGAUCAAUCGAUGCUGGUGCUGCUUCUGGCUUCCCUCAAGAUCCAACAGAAGCCGCCGAAAAAGGUCUUGUUACUGGAAAAGAUAACAUCAUUGAUAGAAGCAUUCAAGAUGCCUACAUAAACGCUAUUCGACGAGCUAAGAAUUUCAUCUACAUUGAAAAUCAGUAUUUUCUAGGUAGUUCAUAUGGUUGGAAAUCGUCUGAUAUUAAAGUUGAGGAUAUUGGUGCUUUGCACCUCAUACCAAAAGAGUUGUCGCUGAAGAUUGUUAGCAAGAUUGAAGCUGGAGAGAGAUUUUCUGUGUACAUUGUCAUUCCAAUGUGGCCAGAAGGUAUACCUGAAAGUGCUUCAGUUCAAGCAAUAUUAGAUUGGCAAAGAAGGACUAUGGAGAUGAUGUAUUCUGACAUUGCUGAAGCCCUUCAAAGAAAGGGGAUCAGAGCCAACCCAAGAGAUUACUUGUCAUUUUAUUGCCUUGGAAACCGAGAGGGUAAGAAAAUGAAUGAAUAUACUUCUACAGAAGCACCAGAACCUGACAGUGAUUAUAGUAGAGCACAAAAUUCUAGAAGAUUCAUGAUAUAUGUUCAUGCCAAAAUGAUGAUAGUUGAUGAUGAAUACAUAAUCAUUGGUUCUGCCAACAUAAAUCAAAGAUCAAUGGAUGGUGCAAGAGACAGUGAGAUUGCAAUAGGUGCAUUUCAACCAAACCAUAUAGCAACCAAUAAUAGACCACCAAAAGGACAAAUAUAUGGAUUUAGACGUGCACUAUGGCAUGAGCACCUUGGAGAUAUUGGUAAUACAAGCUUCUAUGAAAAUCCAGAAAGUUUGGAUUGCAUUAACCUUGUAAAUGGUUUUGCUAAGACCAAUUGGGACAUAUACUCAAAGGAUGCAUUUGAUGAAUACAGAUCAUUUCAUCACCUCAUGCAGUAUCCAAUACAAGUAACCAACAAUGGAACCAUAACAGCUCUUCCAGGAUUUGAAUGUUUUCCUGAUACUAAGGCUAAGAUUCUAGGUUCCAAAUCUGAGUACCUUCCUCCAAUUCUCACCACCUAACCAUGUGGAGAGAAACUGAAUGUGCAUGCAUUCAAGUAAAUAAUUAUCAUUGCUGAUUAAUUCUAUCAAGUAACACCUUGUUUUAAGCAGGAAUCUUUGAUGUAUUUAUCACAAAUCUACUACUAUAAAAUUUGAAGUUAAAAAAAAAUUUAAUUACAUGAUCCUUAAA